GUUAGUGGGCCAAUCUUCCCGCGUCUUUCUUUCACAAUCUCGCCUGGCGUAGGAAGCUUUCGCUCGCUCUCUUCUCCCAGUCGCCGUCGAGAUUCCUUUUUUCUGGAUCUCAUCUCCGAAGAUUUUAACGUUCCGUAUAAUUCGCUAGUUAAAUUGCUCAAUUUCGACUUCUUCGUUAGAUUGAAGUUGGAAGAAGCUUUGGAUUGUUGUUUUUGAGCUCUGAGGAAGUGAAAAUAUGAGUAGCAGCAGCAGCAGCUCCAGAGAGGGAUCUCCCGAUUGGCUUCGUUCUUUCCAGACACCCACCACCACUUCAUUGUUAUCACUAUCUUCGUCGUCUGAGUCUGCUCCAGAUGAUAGUCCUUAUAAGGAAUCUGAAACCAUUUCGUCUCUUCCUUUGACUGAUGACUCUGAAGCCACCACGGCUCUGGACUCUGAAACGAAGUUGGUGACAGAUCAAGUGAGUGUUCACCAGGUGUUCUCUAGAAAGAAGAAAGCUGAUGCUACUCUCAAACUUGAAGAGAAACAGAAGGGAAUCAAAGUCAGUGUAGAAGGCUCUACCAAGCAAGGAGGAGAUGAUUCUGUAUGGCUUGUCUCAUCUGAUUCUGAACCACCCUCCAGUGAUCCGAUAAGGGAGCAAGUAAUUAUCUCAACUGAAGAGGAUGAGAAGGAUGAGGAUCUUGUUAUUCUAGAACAAGAGGAAGAACCUGCGGUUAAGAAGGCUCCAAAGAAAAAAUCUCCUAAGAAAAAGCCAAAUAGUGGCCGCCAGAUACUCAAGCAAGAAAACAUUGCACAAGAAAUAAGUGAAGAUAAAGAUACAGAUUCCAUAGUAGCCGAGGAAGUGACAACGGAUAAGAACACCAAGCCUUCUUCUUCUGGCUCAAGUUCAAGAUUGCCUUUGGUACUUUCUGAGAAGGUGAAUCGUACAAAGGUACUCGUUGAGUGUGAAGGGGACUCAAUAGAUCUGAGCGGAGACAUGGGGGCUGUUGGACGCGUCGUUGUUUCAGACACAACCGAGGACAUGUUCUUCGACUUGAAAGGAACCAUAUAUAAAUCAACAAUUGUCCCAUCCAGAACAUUUUGCGUAGUACGUUUUUUUUCUGACUUUAUACCUAUUUCAAAUUUUAAGGUAACUUGUAUUAUACAAGUACUCACACCAGAGAUCUUGCAAUUUCAGGUUAACGUAGGUCAGUCAGAGGCAAAGAUUGAAGCUAUUAUGAAUGACUUCGUACAGCUAACACCAGUAUCUAACGUUUAUGAAGCAGAAACGAUGGUGGAAGGAACUCUGGAGGGAUUUUUAUUCGAUUCAGAUGAUGAAGGUAACAAGAACGCAAAGACUGCUUCAAAGCCUGCAGAUGAUCAAAGGGGAGACACAGCAGAGAUAACCAAAGGAAGUGGAAAAGCUAAAGAAAAAAGCGAGAAUGUGGUUGUAGGGAAAAAGAGAGGAAGACCAACUAAAGAGAAGCAGCAGCAGCAGCAACCAGCAAAGAAAGCUAGAAGUUGUGCUUCUAAGAAAACAAAACCCAAGAGAUGAGUUCAUGAUUGCGAUUUGUGAACCAGAGUAGUAGUUUUUUUUUUUCACAUACAGAGUUGCGAGUCUCUAGUUCCAGACAAUUCGAAGUAAUGUAUAUAAGGCCUUUGAUGAAGAAUAGAUUUCAGAA